GAGACGUAUAAACUUGUAACACCUCACACCUUCCUAAUUGUUAAGAUGCAUUGGCCCAGCUGAAUAUACUGGGACAGUGUACUGAAUAAUCUUAUUGGACAAAUUAUCUUACGGCCCUGCCUCUUCUUCAGCACUUCACACUUCUUUUGUCUCCUUCAACGUGCCUUGGUUCGACACACCAUGGGAGACUCCGUAUGAGCAGGCCCCGCGACGACCACCGACGACGAGAGUGGAACAGCUGCCCGAGGAGUACGUCGCAGAGGUGCACGUUGUGUCUUGCAGCGUCCACGAGAAGAAUUUCGAGACAAACGAAGAACUCAUCGCCUACAUCGCCAUAUUGAUGAACGCGGUGAAUAUAUGGUACGAAGGAAUGGAAAAUCCAAGAAUAAAAGUGAAAGUCGUCGGCAUUUCUCGCAAUAAGGAUGGCGAGUUCGAAGUAAUAGAAGACGGCUUUCUGAUUGCCGAAAGAACAAUCAACAGCUUCGCUGAGUAUGCCCAGACGCAACUACCAGGAAAACCUGAUGCUGUUUACUUGAUGACUGGCCAGGACCUCGCUUCUGUUUCGUUUUCUGGAACCAUCGACAACGGCGUCGCUGGUCUGGCAUAUGUCGCAAUGCUAUGUGGUCCCCGCAACGUGGCCAUUGGUGAAGAUCCGGCCGGCAGCUUCAAGGGAGUCUACCCUGCCGCACAUGAACUGGCGCACACUUUGGGCUCCGUUCACGACGGUUACGCCGGGGUGGACCACAUACCAGACCACCCGGGAGCGAAGGAUUGCCCCUGGGAGGAGGGCUACCUCAUGAGCUACAAGGACGGAGGGACAAAGAAGUUCCAUUUGUCGCCUUGCAGCGAAGCGCAGAUACGUGCCACACUCAGGUCUUUGCCCCAGACAUGUUUGGACGAGAUAUCUGACGAAGAUUACAUGGCGAAUCACCGAAAACUACCGGGUCAGCUGAUCAGUCCCGAAGACUACUGCAACAUUUUAAUGAAGAAUCAAGGUCGUGGAGUUCCGCUGCUGAAACCAGACAUGCUGAAGGAAUGCAGGUUUCAGUGCUGUUUGAGGACCUACUACGGAGCGGGAAAAUGUCAGACGGAGUACGUGCUGGAAGGAAUGGCCUGCGACGAAGGCAAGACUUGCCGAAAGGGUGUUUGUGACAACUUCCAGUGGGAAGAAUAAUAUAAACGAAUUCGCAUAGCAGCCUUCCUAAUUCUUCAAGCUGUCACGAAGCAACUAUUGACCUCAUCAGCUCUGAAAUUCAGCGAAACGUGGAAGUCAAUACGAAAAAUAAAAAUGUCUGUCUUUUAUAUGU